UUUUCAAGAUCAGUAGCACUUUGAGACGCGAGAGUAACGCAUAGCAUCUUCGAAAGCGAAACGAAAGUAGGCGCGCGCUUCAAUGCUUCAAAUACAGUGAAAUAAAAACUUAUCUCCUUGAUAGUACUCAACACCAAUGAGUGGGAGAAGCUUUGGCGAAAAGAUAAACCAUCUAAAGCUGGCAAAAGUGUCCUUUUUCUUUUAAAGAAAUUGAAGUGAAAGUUUUAUAAAUAAAUUAAAAAAAAAUUGUUUAAAUAUUCAAACAGGAAAUUGAAAAUGAAAUGCAAUUUCUUAUUCUCGCCUUGCCGCUGUUAUCGCUAAAAGUUUCAAACGGUCACGAUAUUUGAAUAUUCAAUUCCAAAACAGCAACAGAAUUGUCAAGAGAACAAGCACAACAACAACAAAAACCAUUAUCUGAAUCUGUAGAUAAAGUGCAUCGACCGAUCCGCAUUCGAUUUGUGUUUCGUCGUUUGGGAAAACCAUCUCUAGUGGAAAUCAAAUCAAGUGAAAUUUCAAAGAAAAAGCACAGCAACAACUUCAAGAACGAAAAAUAAGAGCAGCUGUCCGGAUUGCUGUGUAGCCGAAAAUCAUGAAGCGCUUCAAGUGCUCCGUGUUAGUGUAUUUAUUUCUAUUAUUUCCGGCUUCACAAAAUGCAUUCAAUAUCAUUGGAAUUAAUAAACAAAUGCUGUACGAAUAUGUGGGCACAGUGCAAGUUGGAGCCAAAGCACCACAGGACGAGGAGUUACCUGCACCACCAACUUCCGGCUGGAUAGUGAGGGGCAAACUCACGCUGCAGAGACAAAAUAAUAGCACUUUGGCGGCAGCGCUUGUUAUAGACGAUGUAACCCUCAACAACUCGGGUGAGAAAUUCCUACAAAGCAAGGAAAUGUAUCCCACCUAUAAGCCUUUCAAAAUUGCUCUUACCUCGGAGGGAGCUAUAUCACAUCUUAUGUUUAAGGAGGGUGAUCCCAUUUGGUCGACAAAUUUCAAAAGGGCCAUAGCUUCAAUGAUACAGUUUCAGACGAAAAAAUCGGGAGCAUUUGUGGUGGAUGAGGUGGGCAUACAUGGCGAGUGCCUUACUGAAUAUUUCAUUUCGAACAAAACCAAUUACAUAUCCAUACGUAAAACACCGGAAUUGAGUACCUGUAAACCUUAUGCAGAGUCCAUACAUAUAACACGCAGCAAUGUGCCCACAAAUACCUGUAAAUUUGAUUUUCAACAAAAUGUUAUAAGUGGCAAUGAGGCCAUAUUUGGUAUGUUGCCACAUGCAGAGACGGGUUACUUUUUGAGUAUGGCUCAUGUAAAGGGCUCCACAUUGAUACAUACUUUUGAGUCUACGGGAGAGGCUCAGUUUAUAAAUUCUGAAUUACUAUUGAAUUUCCUUAAUGAGACUAGCAUUGAUAAUCCCAUAGAUGUAGAGACUUCCAUGAGCUCUACUGAGGCGGGCUUGCAGCUUCUACCCAUAGAACUAAAUGAUCCCACUGGUGGUCGUAAUCCUCAACAGCAAGAAACUCUGAUAACCACCGCCUCCCGCUUAUUGGAUAACUUGGCUGAGGGUCUGGAAAUUUCCAGCUAUAAAUUUACCGAACCCUACGAUGCCACCGUAUCAGAUGUAAUACGCCUAUUAACCGAAAUGGAUUUUGAAUCUUUGAAGAAACUCUACACAGAGGUGGAUAUAGGCACCUCCUAUCGCCAAGAGACCAUACGCAAUAUUUUUCAUGAAAUUAUACCACGGAUUGGUACUAAAGCUUCCGUCUUCUUGACCCGUUACUUGGUGGUGGAAAAAGAAACAAAGUCUACCAUAGCUGUGCAAUUAUUGGUUUCAAUGCCUUUCCAUAUAUUUGAAUUGUCUCAUGAAUUGGUAAAGGAAUGUGAAGUCUUUCUUACGCUGGGUCCCGAUAGACCCGAUGUACGACAAGCAGCUAUUCUUAGUUUUGCCACUUUAGUAUAUAAUGUUCAUAUUGCCGGAGCUAUAAAUCGUGAUGUAUUCGAUGAAUAUGUUCAAAAGUAUUUUAAUUUCUAUUUAAGUUCCCGCGAUUACGAUACCAAAAUGUUAUAUCUGCAAGGUUUAAGCAAUCUGCAGGUUGGCAAUGUGGCCAAUUAUAUGGAUCCCAUUGUAAGUAAUGGAGAAGAGAAUCAAGAUAUUAAAUUCUUGGCUGCAUGGACCGCAAUGUCAUUGGCUGGAGAUCGAGCAGAGAAAAUCUAUGAAAUCUAUUGGCCUAUAUUUGAAUCCCGUAAUGCCAGCUUGGAAUUGCGUGUGGCUGCUGUUACUCUGUUAUUGAUCUCUAAUCCUACAGCUGCACGUUUGAUAAGCAUACACCGCAUUAUACAAAGCGAGACGGAUCCGCAUAUGAUAAACUAUUACAGAACGACCAUAACAAGUAUUUCGGAGACUACGUAUCCAUGUUAUCAGAAUUUGAGACGUUUAUUGUCUUACAUGCACCGCCAUCUGCCUCAAAAACCCGAACCUCGUUAUUGGGUAACGGGCAAUUAUAUUUUCGAUUAUCGCGAUUCAAAAUUCGGUAUAGGCGCCAUGUUGCAGGCCUUCCUGGUGGGUGACCCAAAAUCAGAUUUACCAGUGGUGGCCUAUUUUCAAUUUGAUACAGAGGCUCUGGGCAAAUUCACAGGACAAAUGGCGUUAUAUAUCAAAGCUCGCGGUCUACCAGACACCUUGUUCAAGACUUUUAUGAAGAUCAAUGGAGAUCCCAAGAAAUAUGUCAACAUACAAAACCUGUUGAAGCUAUUGGAUGCUCCCAUAGUGGAUACCAAACCUUUGCAUUUGGAAUUUAUUUUGAAAAUGGAAGGCAAAGCUGUGUUAUCAUAUUAUCUGAAUGAAAGAACUUAUCAGAAGAUCACCUACAAAGAUUUAAUCGAUCGCAUUAGCUUUUUGAUUAAGGCUGACUCUCACAUAAAUAUGCAGACAGUGCGUUGGCCCUUCAUGACUAAGUAUGUGGUACCCACAGUGCUGGGAACACAUGCCGAUGUGCUGUUGCAGACCACUGUACUCACCUCAUUGCGUGGUAACAUUACCCAAUUUCAUGAUCCCAAUGUUAUGAAAUCUUCUUUGGAAAUUGAUGCCCGUUAUUCAUCGUAUGCUUCAUGCCGCAGUCGUAGUUAUAAUCCCUUCUUGAAUUUGGAUCAUGAAAUCAAUCGUGAACAAGGUUUCCUUAUAUAUGUUCCUCUCUACUUGAGUUUGAAUUAUUAUGCCGGUGUCUGCUGGCAAUACAAUUUUACACGUCCCGAGAAUUUAACCAGUGGUUUAUCCUUCAAAUCACGUUCAGUUACAAUUACCAAGGGUUUGAUAACAAAAUCUGCUAGCGAGCCGUUCGAGGAGAUUAUGUACCCGGAAAGACAACAUGAUGUGUUCCAAUUAUUCAAAUACGAUAUGGAAGAUUUGGGCAUGGCAAUUGUGAUUAAUACCAAUUUGAAUGAGUUAAACAAAUAUCGCGGCAUGUUAUUGAAAUCGGAGUUUAUGGAAAAUGGCUUUUCGCGCAACAUGAUUAUCAAUUUCCUAAUGUAUGUAUUUGGAGUUGCCCAAUUGAGUUCCAUACAUUUGGGUCAUGAUCGCAACUUCACCAUGUUAAUAUCCAAUGAUAAGUUCACCAAGAUUGAGGGUGCCAUUUGUAGCACCGAGGAACUAAAAUCCCAUGAUACUUCUUUGCAUCACAUCAACUUCACCUUACAGCAUACCGAUGAUCAACAUGUUGAUCAAGAUUUGCACAAAUGGAUCAUUAAUUUCGAUGUGGAGUCCUCCAAGAAAACCACUUGGUUCAAUAUAGCUGGCAAUGUACAACGUACCGCCACUCAGCAGGAUGUUGCUGCUGUGACUUUAGAACCCAGAGAUUGGAAGGCUUGUAUUAAUGUAACAUACGCUCCAUUGGUAUUUACCAAACGUCCACACACUCUAAUGGGUUCAGUGUUAUUUGGUAAUGCUACUAUCGAAAACGAGUGCCCUGUCAAGGGUUCCAGUAUAACCUUCAACAGCAGAGCUGGGCCAUCUGAUCAUGCUCGCGAAUUUUUGCUCUCCGAUAAUCCUUUGACCGAUACCGGCUUUUGCCCAAAAGAAGUAUUAAAAUUCACCCCAAUACCCACAUCGAAAUAUUGCAAGAGAAGUAAUUUUGAGAAUUUCACCUCGGUUACCAAAUACGAUAUGGAUGUACAAUUUAAUAAUAUGCCUGAAUGGUUUGAUUUCUGGUCCAGCCGUUUGGAUCAUCUUGUUUCCUCGUUCUCAUCGGAAAAGGUGGAUCGUUUGGAAAUGAGCAAAGAAAUCCAUUUGUCCAUAAACUCCCCCAACGAUUAUUUCUGGUUGACCAUUGAGGUAAAUGGCGUACAAACUCGCAUCUAUCAUAUACCAUUCCUGCAGAAAUUGGAUUCCAAAUAUGAUGCCUCUCACGAAAUACUCUAUGAUUCGGGAGUCAAACGUUCCUGUUCUGUUAUUAAUGGCAUGGUUAAUAGCUUUGAUGAUUAUCUUAUCGAUUUGGCCGAUUAUCAUAAAGUUACCAAGGCUGAGAAUUGUCAAACCCUUUUAGCGGCCGAUUGUAGUCCUUUGCGCGAGAUGGCGGUAUUCCUCAUGCCCUCUUUUGAGAACAGCUUAAGUUCGAAUUAUGGCUUGAAGGUUUAUAUUGGAGAGAAUUAUUUCACCUUUAAGUCGACCAAUAGCACUGAUGACAAGGCGCCUGUAUGGAUAACUUUGAAUAAUAAUGAGAAAACUGUGGAUGUGCGAGCCAAACCCUAUCAAUAUCCUGAGGAGGGAAAUAAUUUUGAUUUCAGAGUCGAAGUUAAUGAGCAAAAUAUUUUAUUAGUUGAAAACAAUUUAAUGCCUUCCACCAUACAAUUCGAUAUGUUGAACAUUUUGAAUUUGGAAAUUUUCUCCGUAUACAAGAAUAAAAUGUGCGGUCUCUGCAGCAAACCCCUGAAUAGUAUGCGCAAUUAUACUCUAUGUGCAUAAUAGGACGCCUCUACUCAAUUUCCUGUUUUAUAACCUCCAAACUUUACCCUAAGAAAUCGAAUAUCAAAUAUUUUAUUUUUAUAAAAAAAUAUUUUUUUUUAACUUUCUUUAAAUUAACCAAAAACUUAGAACUAACCAUGAAAUUAUAUGAAAUAUAAGUUUUAUAAUUGUUGUGUUGUAGUUCUUAAUCAAAUCUUUUAGAGAUUAGAGCAAAAAUCUUUGUAAUAAAUAUUAAAUAUACACGUAAUAAAAUAAUAUUUAGCAUAAA